CGGAAGGACGGAAGGUCCCCGAAGUCUAACCAGCUCUGUCGCUAGUGGAGGUCGCGUUCUUCCUCUGGCUCCCUUUCGUUCUCUCCGGCGUAGCCUUGUGUGAGCACCGUUUCAUUUGUUUGUGCCACCGUUUCUCUUUUGGGUUUCAAUAAAGUUUUCUUCUUCCCUUGUACAGCGCUCAAGAUGGCGGCCUCCUGGUCGCCCUUGGUUACCCUGCGCUUAGUGCAGAGCCGGCUGAGAGGGAGAUGUGUUGGGUGCGGGGCCUGGGCUGCUGCUCUCGCCCCUCCGGCCACCGCCCCAGGAAACACCUUUUGGAAAGCCUAUACAGUUCAGACACCUGAGAUUACAUCUCCAACUGCGGCUACAGACGUUUAUUCAAAAGCUUUGGCUGUUUGCCAUGGACCACUGGACCAUUAUGACUUUCUGAUCAAAGCUCAUGAGCUAAAGGAUGAUGAGAAUCAAAGAAGAGUCAUACAGUGUUUGCAGAAAUUACAUGAGGACCUUAAAGGAUACAGUAUAGAGGCGGGAGGCCUUAUUUCAAAGCUUUUUUCAAGGAGCAGACCUCCAAGAGGCCUAUAUGUUUAUGGAGACGUUGGUACAGGGAAAACAAUGGUGAUGGACAUGUUUUAUGCUUAUGUGGAGAUGAAGAGGAAGAAACGGGUUCAUUUUCAUGGGUUCAUGCUAGAUGUUCAUGAAAGAAUACACCGCCUUAAACAGAGUUUGCCAAAGAGAAAACCAGGAUUCAUGGCUAAAUCAUAUGAUCCAAUAGCUCCCAUAGCUGAAGAGAUCAGUGAAGAAGCAUGUCUCUUAUGUUUUGAUGAAUUUCAGGUCACUGACAUUGCUGAUGCCAUGAUUCUGAAACAGCUUUUUGAAAAUCUGUUCAAAAAUGGGGUCGUCGUUGUGGCAACAUCCAACAGGCCACCGGAAGAUCUCUAUAAAAAUGGACUCCAACGAGCUAACUUCAUACCCUUCAUUGCUGUCCUAAAGAAAUACUGUAGUACGGUCCAGCUAGAUUCUGGGAUUGACUACCGGAAAAGGGAGCUUCCUGCUGCAGGAAAACUCUACUAUCUCACAAGUGAAGCUGAUGUGGAGGCUGUCAUGGAUAAGUUGUUUGAUGAGCUGGCUCAGAAACAAAAUGAUUUAACUAGACCAAGGAUUCUAAAAGUGCAAGGCAGAGAGCUGCGGCUGCAUAAAGCGUGUGGAACUGUCGCCGACUGCACAUUUGAAGAGCUGUGUGAGAGACCACUUGGAGCCAGUGACUAUCUGGAACUGUCAAAGAAUUUUGAUACAGUAUUCCUACGAAACAUUCCACAAUUUACGCUUGCAAAGAGGACGCAAGCUCGAAGAUUCAUAACCCUCAUUGAUAACUUCUAUGAUUUCAAGGUGCGUGUCAUUUGCUCAGCAUCGACUCCUAUAGCAAGCUUAUUUUUGCAUCAACAUCAUGACAGUGAGUUGGAGCAAAGCAGAAUACUGAUGGAUGAUUUGGGGCUGAGCCAGGACUCAGCAGAAGGACUCUCUAUGUUUACUGGAGAAGAGGAGAUCUUUGCAUUUCAGCGCACGCUUUCCCGACUCACCGAAAUGCAGACUGAGCAGUACUGGAAUGAGGGGGACAGAAGCAAGAAGUAACCAUUGCUUUUGCGUGAAUAGAACUCUGGACACAUGAUUACGGCAGGGAGAACUCUUUUUUUAUGGGACUUGAAGGAAUCGUUUUUCUCAUCAUUAAUUAUGCACUUUGUCCUCUGGACCAUUUUUAUCUCAAAUUGCUGUCAAAGAUGGACUGGAUUAGUAAGUUAAAGCCAUUUUUAUAGGUUUACUUUUUGCCUAUUUAUUUGGCUUUAUUUCUGCACUACAAAAUUAAAAUCAUCACUCCUGAUAUUAAGGUAGGACCAGACAUUUUGGCUUCAUAUCAAGCCAGCUGAAUAACACACACAC